AUGGCCGACGUCGACACUGCUUUCCAUCUCAACAUCUCGACACCCUCCUGCAAGCGGAAACGACCUUCGGACCAUCUGGAGGACGAUGGCCGCUUCUUCGUCCGCGACUCCAAACGACGGUCUACCUCAACACAUUGUCUGCCCAUCCGCUUAUCGCCAUCUUCGCGGCCACAUGUCUCGGUUCCUCCCGCUUCUUACUCCCUCUUCACUUCGAUAUACCAGCAACCUCCAACUCCGGUAGACACCUCAGAUGACGAGAGUUCUGGGCAGUCGUUCAACGGGGCAGACGACCGGUGGCCGGCCACAAGGCCCAACCCGCAGCGGGACAACGACAGGAGUAUCUCGUCAAUCAAGGCCGAAUCCAGCGAUCCCGUAGAUGUCGACAUGGAUCUGACCAUGGCGCCUCCGGUCGCCCAGCCGAGGAUACGACGUGCUCGGUCGAACGAUAUUGUCCCUCCUGAACGCGACCCCCAUUUUCUGAAUGCUCCGGAUACGUUUGCGCGAGAAAGAGUGCCGACGCCCAUCAGCGGUCAUUUCGACAACCGCAUCAAUGAUCUGCCCACCGUCCCACGCCAUCACUUUCCACCGUUGCGCACGAAUUUGAGCCCGAUGAUCGAGCAGGAGUCGUGGAUCACUCGAGACGGUCUGCCGAGCCCCGUCGAGGACCAGGAUAUGGACACCGCAAUGAUGAUGGAUCGAGAUGAAUCGGCCACUCAGGUGCAUUGUCCCGCAGGGAAAUAUGGAGUGGAUGGAAACUCAAGUCCUUCGGGACGGGCGAGGUCGGCGAGACUCCACAUGGGUUACCUCAAUGGCUGUGAGAAAUGCAUUCAGAAAGUGCCGGGCCAUUACAGCCACAUUAUCUGGACAUGA